AUGUCCACGGCGUUGCGUCGGGUGCGAAAGUAUUUUAUAUCGUCGCAGGUCUACGAGGCACUGCGUCCACUUUUCUUUCUGACCUUUCUUUACGGCCUGACGCCGUUCCACGUCGUGCGCCGCAAAAUGGGCGAAUCGUAUCUGAAGAUGUCAUGCUUCGGCAUCUUCAAUAUUUUUGUUUACAUUGUGCUGUGCGGUUUCUGUUACAUCUCGUCGCUGCGCCAGGGCGAGUCAAUUGUCGGUUACUUUUUUCGCACAGAGAUUUCAACAAUUGGCGAUCGUUUGCAGAUCUUCAAUGGACUCAUUGCGGGCGCUGUGAUAUACACGUCGGCGAUAUUGAAGCGCUGCAAGCUUCUGGGCACGUUGACAAUUCUCCACAGUCUCGAUACGAAUUUCUCCAACAUCGGCAUACGCGUCAAGUACUCCAGGAUCUUUCGUUACUCGAUCUUGUUGCUCGUCUUCAAGCUGCUCAUUCUGGGCGUUUAUUUUGUGGGCGUAUUCCGGCUGCUCGUCUCCCUGGGCGUGACACCCUCCUUCUGCGUCUGCAUGACCUUCUUCCUGCAGCACUCGGUGGUCUCAAUUGCUAUUUGUUUAUUCUGCGUGAUUGCCUUCAGUUUCGAGCGACGUUUGAGUAUUGUGAAUCAGGCAAUGCAGUUAUGA